AUGAACUCCGUUUUGAAAAUAGGUCGGAAUGUCAGUGUCUCUCGAGGAAAGGAAACUAACGUCUUACAGAGAAAACCCGACUUACAGGAAUUGAAACCGUCUGGGAAGAAAAAAGAUGACAAGCAAUCAGUUGACACGGUUCAGUUUCAUAAAGAUAUAGCGACGCGUGCUGGACACGUUGAAACAUCUAAACAAAUGUUAUCCAAAUAUCCAGCCAAUCCAGAAGAAAAAGAGUCGGUUAUCAACACCACAGAUAACGAUACACAGAUUACGAAGAUUCGGAACAGAAAAGGGGGGGUCGUAAAAGAAAACAUAGUGAAUGGUCAGGUCAAUAGAAGUGUAAAUAUUCAAUGUAAGGGUGAAUCCGUCACAGGAUCAUCUACACGCCUCCCUCGAGCGGCUCUCGCUAGCUCCCCGGGGUCAGGAAACACAUGGACACGUCAUUUACUGCAACAGGCUACAGGUAUCGCUACAGGCAGUAUAUAUGGUGACGGUCAGCUACAACAAAGGGGAUUUCCUGGCGAAACCAAAUGUGUCAAAGUAGACGAAUGCCUAAUAGUAAAGACACAUGAGUGGAAAAAUGACUAUCAGACCUACUACGACCGGGCUAUUUUGAUUUUACGCCAUCCUCGAGAAUCUGUUGUUUCUAGCUUUCAUUAUUUUAACGGUGGCCUCCACUUGAAGGAGGCAAACCUGCAACUGUUUCAUUCUGACCACUGGAUACGUUUUGCAGAGGAGCGUAUACAAUUCUGGCAUGGCCUGAAUUAUGACUGGGUUACAAAAUAUCACAAUCCUUUACAUAUCAUAUUUUAUGAAGAACUGAAGGCUUACCAAAUCAUUCAAAUUGAACAAGCUGUUAAAUUUCUUAAUUUUACUAUGACGGAAACUGACAAAACAUGUAUGAAGAAAAACAUUGAGGGAAACUUUCAACGGAAGCACAAAAACGUGAUAGAUUUGAACACAUUAUAUAAUGAUUCCUUGUCAACCUUAAUGAACAAUCGCGUACAAAAUUUGACGGCCGCUAUACAGAAAAGAUAUCCAGGUAAACUUGCUGUAUGGGCUUAA